GCGAGCUGAUGACCAUCGGCGUGUGUAUCGUGUGUAAUUUGGGUGGUCGUCGGGGCCACCAAACGACCACGGAUUUGUGGAAUUGCAGCGGAGGAUCGGUGAAGAAAGAAGCGAUGGGACAGGAUUUUGUAGACGCUGGCAAUGAUGGGACGAAGUGAGGGGAGUUGCGGCGUGGAUUAGCAGCUGCGUGAACAUUGUGCCAAUUCUACCAGCUCAUACCUCCCCAAUUGAUUCCUCAUAUUGACCCUGCGCAAUUCGGAUUUGAGGGGGCAACAUCUGGCAUUUGAAAUUCAAGCUUCGCCGACAGAUGCGAAUCUUAGGCUGGCGGUGGGGCAGCAAAAUCCACGUGAACAGAAACAGCUGGGAGUGGUGCAACUUGCAUCAUACAUUAAACCCUAAAGUUUCAAAGUUCCCUGGGAAAGGGUCGCAAACAAGAGUAACGAGGCUACAAAUCUUGGAUGGCAUCAUUUUAGCCUCAUAAUCCAGGUUUUGCUGAGGUAUUAACCUACUUGUAGCUUAGAAUCCUAUAAAGCAGUGGAUUCUUUUUUUUAAGUACCCGCAUAGCAUUUUCAGGAAACAAACAUAGCGGACAUUGCGACCCUGAAAGAUAGCUGACGGCUAAACCUGGGAUCAGCUCGAGGCAAUGAGGAGGCAAACCAUGUUUACACACUUGCAGCAAAUGGUCCGUGUUUCCAUCGUCCAUGAGUACCUGUAUCGAUAAUGAUAAAGAUUGUGAAAAGCUUGCAUAGAUGCUGAUAAAAAGAAGUCCUACCCAUUAUUGUAGGAGCUAUCAAAGUUGUCCUGUACGGAGAACGGCAUGAAAUAUCACAAGCUGCUUGCGUAUUAGGAGCAGUGGCACUGUGCAUGUGCCACACGUUUUUCUUGGAUUAUCACUGCUACAAUUGAUCACAGAAUUGUUUUCGGAGGAAAGAAGCAGUGUUUGGGAGACGACAGUAGCGCAACUGAAUCGUGGGGUUCGACGUUCUGUGCUAGUUCCUGAUGAGCGAUUUCAGUAAUUGGUGUAGAAUAGAGUGUGCUCGCGUUCGGAAGCUCGCUUAGCGGGCUGUUGUGCAGCUCGCGACGGUGAUAUAAUUAGGUUUAGAAGUAAACAGUACCAAGGAAAGUAUGUGGGAGAUAUGGCGGGUGCUGUUGGCAAUGCAGCUGAUGGCUGUCAGGUGCUGGUUUGCUGAUGCGCAGCCCGUUAGCCCUCCAGCGACAAUACGCAUCGGAGCGCUGCUUGCCUACAAUUCUACCAUUGGAAAGGCUGUCAGGCCGGCUUUGGAGCUGGCCGUGAGAGACAUCAACAACUCUUCGCUCUUGGGAGAUUCGCAGUUGGUGCUACAUCUGGGCAACUCGAAUUGCAGCGCUUUCCAAGGAGCGGCAACUGCGUCGAACUUGUUAAAGGAUGAAGUGGUGGCCAUUUUGGGUCCUCAGACUUCAGUGGUGUCACACUUCGUGUCGCAUAUGGCCACUGUUACGCAAGUGCCAUUGGUGUCUUUCUCUGCCACUGAUCCCUCUCUGUCCGAAGAGCAGUAUUUCUACUUCGUACGUGUCACUCAUUCUGAUGAUGUGCAGAUGCAGGCCAUCGCAGGCAUCAUACAGCAUUAUGGGUGGAGAGAGGUAACUGCAUUGUACAUUGACGACGACUUUGGGAACAAUGGUAUCAACUCGCUGUUGGAUGCGUUGCAAUCGAUGGGACCCAACACUGUGCGCAAAUCAAACCUGAGCCCUACAAUUACGAGCGAAGAGAUAAGCACAUUGCUAACCAAAUUAUCAGAGAUGGAGUCGCGGGUGUUCGUUGUGCACGUGGAGCCCAAACUCGGUAGGGAACUAUUUAUCAUGGCACAGCGGCUCCAGAUGAUGAGUCAAGGGUACGUGUGGAUUGUUACAGAGGCCAUGACGAGCGUUAUGAAUGAUUUGAGCACGGACCCCAAAUUUUCGCAGGCACUCCAGGGAGUUAUAGGAACUCGAAGCCAUAUUCCUGGCUCAUCUCUACUGCAGGAUUACAAAGACAGAUGGGUAGAGUUACAUGGGAAUGACAGCUCUGUUGGACCAGCUCAGAUGAACAACGUGUAUGCAUGGUAUGCGUAUGAUGCGAUGUGGACGGUUGCAAAUGGCAUUAGAAUUUUUCUGGAUGCAGGUGGAGCCACCACGUUUGUCGAUCCCCCUGCUCGUCCGAGCGAUGCCGGAGGGGAAUCCGAGCUCGCAAGUCUGAAGGUGUUUCGAGAUGGCAAGCUGUUGCUGGACAGUAUACUUGACCAACAGUUCACGGGUCUCACGGGUCCUGUGCAGCUGGAUGAACGAAAUGAUUUGAUGGGGUCGUCCUUUGACGUUGUGAAUAUGGUGGGGGAGGGAUUGAGGGUGGUGGGAUACUGGUCCAAUGCCACAGGGUGCUUGCCAUUCGCUCCAGCACUGAAUACCACAUCAAUGCUUAACGAGAAUUCUUCCCAAUCACAGUUGCAAACUGUGAUUUGGCCUGGUGGUGGGGUGGACGUGCCGAAGGGCUGGGUUGUUCCUAAAAUUGGACGACCUCUUGUGAUUGGGGUGCCUAACAGAGUCGGCUACAAAGAAUUCGUAGAGUCAUCUGUGGAUUCCAACAACCGGACUGCAUUUCGUGGGUUUUGCAUUGAUGUGUUUCAACAAGCCCUAUCAAAUUUACCCUACGCCGUUUCUUACUACUUCACCUCAUUUGGUGAUGGAAAUUCUACUCCCAGUUAUGAUGCACUCGUUGACGAGAUUGCUGAGAAGAAAUUUGACGCUGUGGUAGGAGAUGUCACGAUCACCACGAAGCGGUCCAUGUCAGUGGACUUCACCCAACCAUUCACAACAUCGGGAUUGGUGGUCGUAGUUCCCGUCAAGCAAAGCAAUGCCAACUAUGCAUGGGCCUUCCUACGUCCUUUCACGCCUCUCAUGUGGCUGACCACCGGUGCCUUUUUCUUCUUCACGGGUCUAGUAGUGUGGUUUUUGGAGCACAAGAAGAAUCGAGAUUUUCGGGGCCGCCCAAAGAAGCAGGUCGUCACCACAUUAUGGUUCGUAUUUAUGACUCUCUUCUUUUCUCAAAAUGAGAGAGUGAACAGCACUCUGGGUAGGGCUGUUCUCGUCAUAUGGUUGUUUGUGGUGCUCAUCAUCAUCAGCUCGUAUACAGCUUCCCUGACCUCCUUCCUCACUGUACAACAGCUGUUGCCUACCAUUCAGGGUAUUUCCAGCUUGGUCAGCAGUAACGUCCCCAUAGGCUACCAGACUGGUUCCUUUGUGCGGGACUACCUGCUGCAGCUCAAUGUCGCUCCAGAUCGCCUUGUAGCUCUCAACACUCUGGACGAGUAUACAGCCGCCUUGACUAAGGGUGCCGGCCGUGGAGGUGUUGGCGCAAUUGUAGAUGAACUCCCCUACGUUCAAUCUUUUCUGUCGACUGAGUGCGCUUUUACCAUUGCGGGGCAAGAGUUCACCAAGAGUGGCUGGGGCUUCGCGUUCCCCAAGGGCUCACAGUUGGCCAUUGAUUUCUCCACUGCAAUUUUAAAAUUAGCGGAAAAUGGAGAAUUGCAACGCAUUCACGACUUGUGGGUGAAUACCAAUACUUGUUCAAAUCGCAAUGUUCAAACCGACUCCAUGGAGCUGGGCGUGAAUACUUUCUGGGGUCUGUUCCUCAUUACUGGUCUUGCCUCUCUCUUCUGUUGCCUUGUGUACUGGACGCGCAUGAUAAUCAGGCACCGCCGGGUAUUUCGUGAACGAAAGCUGGAUGGCUCCGAGAGGCAAAUGUCGCGUUUAGAAGCAAGCAAGAGCUUUAUGAAGUCCCUGGUAACUUUCAUAGAGGAGGAGGAAACCCCUACCAAAAGAAUACGCUCCUCCCAGCGCAGGAAGAAAAGUAAGGAAUGGCUCUCCUCUCCUGAGCAAAUCAGUCCUUCGUCAAGCAUGCCCAACGACUCCAAACGAGUGUCUAGAUCCCCCGAACGCAGUAACGACGGCUCGGUUUCCAAGAAAUUGGAGAUUCAAUCAACAAUGGUUGUCUCCGAAAAUGGUACAAUGCCUCCUGAACACAACGAGUCUCCUGCCACUGAUGCUACAAGAGAUAUACGCGAGGAGCAAGACUCUCCCAACUAUCACCAAACAGUAAGUCAGCCUACUUGAGUCCAUAAACUUAGAGUUUCAGGCUCUGAGAAUUUAUGUCCAUUUUCACAUGGGCCAACUUGUACAUCGUUCAGUUGCUAAUUACUUGUUCAUUAGGCGUCAAAUUUGUGCGUUUUGGAUCAGAAGAUCCUUUUAAUGUAGUUGUUUACAGAUAGUGAGUUUUUUCCUCUUUAGCUGGUAAGAGGACUAUUCCGUAAACAAGAGUGUAAAGGAUGUUUUACAGUGGAAGUGGAGUUACACUUUUUAUUACAAGCUCGUAACUCCACCUGACCUGAGUAAACUUACAAGGCUAAGUGAGACACUUCGUUAUAAAAACAAGUGGUGUCCUGCAUAUGGACAUGACGAAGUCUGUUGAAGCAUGAAUGGGACUCCAGGUUAAGCAUUGGCCCCUUUACAUCCGAAUGCCACAUGCAACAUUGAGUAAUAUGCAAGAAGAACUUGUAACCUUUGAUAUAAA